AGUAACAUCGGACGUUAUGGCUGUAAAUAGCGAGGUAUGUUGACCCUGGGUGGGACUGAAUAAAACGACGAUAGGCCAGGAUUCGAACCGAGUCAGAUUCGUUUCGUCUUCGGUGUACUGUUACGCGCAUGAGUCAGUAAGAUAGGGCGGCUGCUACAGGGCUAGAGCGGGCUAGAGGCCCCAGUCGCUAACGGGCACCAUGAGGUUUAAGUAAGGCUGGCCUCUCCAUCCAACAAGUGUCCACAGUGCCCCAUCGCACAGUAUCCAAUCACUACACGUGGAUGUAGACAGAUCCCUCUACUUGUGCCGCUUGGGUUGCUGUGAACAUGUGCAGUGCUGUUGUGUUACAACGAGCCGCGCCCAUUGCCCGCCAUUAUAGACCCACGAUGAAGAACAAGUAGCGGCUGCUUUUCCCGACAUCAGGAAGCCAUGUCUGGGAACGCGAGCGCCCCGAACGGGGACGACGCCAACCUGCAAGAGUCAGUUUCCCCAGUGACGCUGAGCGCCGAUUGGAGCAGAGUGGCGCGUCUGCUGCUGAUAGCUAGUCUCGCCGUCAUCGGCAGUGUGGGCAACAUUUUCAUGAUCAGUUCCGUAAUGAUUGAGGAUCACCUUAAGAAGCGAGGAAAUGUCUUCAUUGUGAAUGUGGCAUUGGCUGAUCUGCUGAUCACAGGGUUGGUGUUCCCAGCAUCUACAGUAGUAUUGCUUGCUGGUCUGAAGGAUGCUCCUGGUGUGUGCAACUUCCAGUGGUUCCUGGCUAUCUUGUGCUGCCUGGUAACACUCCUGACAUUGGCAGCCACAGCUGCUGAAAAUUAUGCACGUCUCUGCUUGUCACAGGAUUGCUAUGAAAUGCUCACUUCCACGAGAAUCACCAUAGUCGUUCUUACAAUCUGGCUGCUAAGUGGGUUAACUGUCACCUUACAAUUUGUGUACAAUGUGGGACCUGGUUAUUGCACCCGGCGUCGACUCACAGGAGAUGUUCUCCCUUAUUAUGUCAUUGUGGGUGCCUUCUUUGUAUUCCUGCCUGCUUCCCUUACAUUUGCUUGCUAUCUCCAUAUUACUCUCCGCAUCCGAGUGGCCAAGUCAAGGCCCAGCUUCAAACCGCCCAUGUCAUUUAGUUGGGACUAUGCUCUCAUGAAGACAAAUAUGUACAGUUUUGUGUUGUUUGUGGUGUUUUGGCUCCCAUUUGGUAUUACUUUAGGUAUAGGGUCUGUGCAUACCAUUCCAGGCAGACUGUUCUACAACUUGGCAUGGUUUGCGCUCAGUAAGUCCUGCAUCAACAAUUUUCUGUACUGCCUAACUAACCGUCACUUUCGAAAUGCGUACGUUAAUUUAUUCCACUAUUGUUGUUGCAAGACAACAGUGUCCUUUUCAAGACGGCCCCGAGGAGCUUCAGAAGUUUUGUCACAAGCCACAAGGCCAACAGGAGAUGUGCGUGUGCAUAUCAUCCCUGGUUAUAACAUGUACUCUUACACAAGUCCACAACGUGCACGUGAGGUGUGCAAAACAGCCACCCUCAAGCGUUCAGCAGGUUCCUGUCGGCCAAGUACAAGCCGUCCAAACGGCCGUGAUGUGUAUGAAUUGUGAUGAGCCAGCUGCUAUACUGUAAUUCACCAUGCAGAAUAUGUCAGCUAGGUUUUGGCAUCCCCUGAUACAGUGCAUUAAGAUAUGUCUCCCACUGCAACAUUUCAUGCAUAUGAAAGUAUAUCAAGCAGUAAAUUAACCCAUCAUAAUCCUAAAAGUACUUAUGCCAGUGUGAGGAACACAAUACAGAAAUUAACUAUUCCAAGUUACUCAGGAUUGUCAAUAAAUAAGAUACAUAUUCAAAAUCAGACACGAUUAGAUCGUUGUCUAAAAUUCUCUGAGCUUUACAAAGUGAAAAUAACACACUGUUCUUCAGUACAUGGACUUUCAAUUGCAGUUUCAUAAUGUAUUCUUAUAUAAUUUUCUAAAUAAAACAUAUUUUAAUAAUUAAUUUUUUAAAACAAACAUUUUAAUAUUUAAUAUUUUAUUAUUCGAAUUUUCACAAGGCAAUCUUAGAUCAAAGAAACACUUUUCUUGAUAGUAUUUAUGUGUGACUGUUCCCUAGGGACUAAAUGUUGCAAUUCCUAUAGAAGGCAUUGCUGCAUUUUUCAGACAACUAAUGUAACCAUAAGUCAAUUCUAAAAGGUUCUGACAAUGGUGUGUAACACUUUGGAUCACUGAGUUUUUGGACUUGUCAGCAGCCAUUUGGCAUUCUAAUGAACACAGCAUUUUAGAAACUGGACUUGUUUCCAUCUUCAGAUGAAAGGGUGGGAGGCACCAAUACUGUUGGAUCUCUUAGGAAGAGCUAACUUCAAUCACUGGAUUUCAGUCAGCCCUUUCUAACGGACCCAACCCUGUUAUCUGAGGAUGGAAGCAGAUCCAAUUUCUAAAACGUCGUAUUUUUUAGAAUACUGCAGGAUGGACGAAGUCCAAAAUCUCAGUAAUGUCAGGUAAUGUAGUAGUAGCUUUCCUUGUAUGGAAGUUUUGCCAUAAGCCAGCUCCAGUGUGUGUACAUUCAUGUAAACGCUGGGUAUGAUUCUUCAGGUUGAAGGCACCCUAGAGAUAAUAUUUUUUUAAAAAAUGAAACUUAGGAAGACAGUCAAUCUAUCACCCAGCAUACCUAAGUAUUUUUUUCUACCAGAAAUGCUUUGAACAAGACAUAUGCUAUCUGUUGCCAAAUGUAUGGCGUUAUACAUCACAAGCAUCCAUGUCUCAACUAUGGAACUUCAAAAUGUGACAACUGCUGGCAUAUUCCACAUUACUAAGCAAAGAGUGGAUAAACAAUGAAACUGCAUAUUCUGUAGUAAGUGAUUUAUUGUACAGUUGGUAACUCUGAUAUCUUUGAUCCCUGUAACGACGACAUUCAGUUAAAUUAACUUUAAAAAAACGAGACAGAAUUUUGUAAUUUAUUUCCAUUUUACAUUUUAUAUUUUAUGAUCAAGUAAAAAAUGCAACAUACGCUGUAUACUUUGAAGGUUAGCAACAUAAACAACAGUACUAACUAUUCUGAAUGAUUAUUAUGAUGAACUGAAAUAGUGCCAAUGACUCUCAAGAAUAUUUCGACAAUUAUGCAUCAUCCUUGGUCAGAUAUAUUUAUUUGGCAAUAAAAUCAAGAAUUUUGAAACAACAUUGCCUGUUUCACAAGAUUAUGCCUCUUCACUAUGAACUUGCAUAACCUGAGUACUUAGGAAGCAGUUUUCUAAAUAUAGUGCAGCAGUAUUGCAUGAGAGGAAGAAGCUAUAGAAAAGCAUUUUAACCAAUACUUUGUCCAAUGUAAAAGCACAGUAAAACUUCCAUAUCAAGAACUCCAAGGAAACUGAAUUUUUGGAUGGCGUUCUAAAAGUGGUCUUCAGAUAGAUGCUUAGACAUAUGUAAAUGCAUAAAUUCCAUCCUGCAAGAAAAACACACACUCAAAAAUCAACACCACAGAUUACAUAAGGUAUAGCAAGACUUGUGUUAUGAAGUAAAAGGAUGAAGAAAGGAGGAAAGAAAUGACUAGCAUACUCGUAAAUUGUUAAAGGGAACAAGGAUCCAUCCAGUUACAAUUUAGUACUACUAUUGUGGCUAAAUGUACAAAUAUUCGGUUUUCUUCUGUAUAUUUGGUUGCAAAGAAUUUAAAAGUAUACAGAAAUGUAGGUAUUUAUACAAAAUAUUUUCAUACAGAUAUUCAUAGGUUGUGUAUAUGAAACAAGUGUAUAAUGAGAGUGCUACAUUAGUCGAAGUAUUUGGAUAAUAAAAUAAAAAAGUAGUUGGUCUCAAGAUAAUAUGAGGACAGUGUAUUGUCAAUAUAUUUUAGUUUGAAGUUUUCACAGGCUCUAGCCAUGAGAAGAUGUUCAUCUUUGGCUGGGAAACUGAGUCACUACUUUUAACUGUGUUGUUAUUACCAUUGUAUUUUUAAUUUAUGAGUUAACUUAAUAAAACCAUCUAAUACACCCAUAUAUUUCAGUUGAUGUAAUAAAAUGUAUACUUUAUCCUACAAGUUUCAAGAGAGUUCUAACAGCAUCAGGGGUGAUUAGUAAUGAAUAAAUGCUAUUAGGUCUACAUUCUGUCACUUCAAAAUAUUAAAAUACAAUAAAAUCUUGUGACUUUUUUAGUAGUUUUCAAUGCAUGAUUCUUGAAGGUAAAUGAAAAUCAAUUGAUUAAUAAUAUGAUAUCAUCUCUGGUUGUAAUAUAUGUUUGAAGUAUGUAGAAAGGGUUACAUACAUGUAUGUUAUUAUUUUCAUGUCCCUAGCAUUGUAUUGUCUACUAUUUGCUGCCCUGAAACAUAGUAGUGUUCUUGCUGUACCAUGAGAUUUACUGAUCUAGAAUACAGUAGUUUGGUUUAAGUAAUAUUCAUAGUCACUUCUCAGGUAUAUUUUAUACUUUUCAGGUUAAUACAGAAGGUAAAUUUCCUGGAAAAGGCAUAGAACAAGGUGGUACAGUGAAAUAGGUACAUUUCACAACACCCUGGUUUUAUGCUUUAUUGAAACUGGAACUAAUGGGUGAAAAAUAAAGCAAUGUAUAGACUGAAGAGCAGAUGAAGUGAGAUAUCUGGAGGAAAUUUGUCCCAGAAAGCCCUCCCAUAAGAAAAGAGUGACAGAUGAACAUCAGUCUGUAGUUGUGAUACCAUUUGAGCAUGCACAAUUGUUGUAUACUUGUAAUCUCUGUAAAUGCCUAUAUUAAAAUUAAUUUUGUAUUGUA